AUGCCUGUGUCCGAGCCAGGUGACGGAGCGAGAUGCUCUGUUCUUGAGCGACACUUCGCCAGGGUCGUGCCGCUCUUGACCUUUGUCCGCGAGCUUUUCGACAUCGAGGUAGCCGCGACCAGCUCGAAGCAAACAUGCGCUCUCUCCGAGGAACAGUGGCAGCGACUCAGCCAUACCCUCGUCGGCAUCAACGACUGCAGUCUAGCCUCGCUCGCAUCUCCGCCCCCUCAUCGACCCGCAGCGAGCCAGAACGGACCGUGUACGACCAUCCACGAGGCCGUGCAAGAAGCGCAACUGCAAAUCCUCACCAAGGCAUCUGCGCACGCCAACUCCGAGACAAGAGCCAAGUACGACGCAUCGAACAACGUGCUGCUCAAAGGAUACCGGCGCCCUGAUGAUCGUCUCGAGUCCUUUCGUGUUACCUCGACCGGCCGACCGGGCCUGAUCAAUCUCUACCCAAACUCGAUGGUCACCUGCCUCGUCCUCGAGAAGGAGUGGCACUUCCUCUUCGAACGCAUCGGCUCGGCACGAUUUGUUUGGCUGCUGGUAAACACAAGCCUCUUUGUACCGCUUUUGCGAGAUGGAGCUGAUGGCACGUGCUACGUACAGCUGACGGGUACCGCGGUGAGCGAGGCUGCGACGAGCAGAAGCGUUGCGACAGCAAGCGACCCUCCAGCAGGACUGAAUGCAGCAGGGCUCAAACGCAAGCACAGCGAGACGCUUCCAGUCGCAAGGCUGACUGAGAGCGCACUCAACACAGACGUGGACUCGCUGGCCCCGGCGCUUGCCCCGCUCGCACUGUCAAAGCGAGCCAGAACGUUCGAGCGCGUCGACUCACGCUUCAGCGUGCGCUCAGCCACGUCGGCACCCGAACUCGACGGUGUACGAGGACGAGCAUCAGCGCCUGCCAGCGUCGACAGAAAACCGUCCGAGAUCGUCUUUGUGCGCAGUCGCAUGUUUUACGCACGCUGCUCGCGCAACAAGUCUGGACGAGUCGAGGUCGGUCUACCCAGCGUACACGUCCUGCCCCGUUCGUCGGUCAAGAAGGAGCUCGACAAGGUCCUCCCCAGCUCAACAGCUUCAUCGACUCGCAGCAGGUCGGUCGUCCGCAGCCUCCGUGGAGAGAGCAAAGGCGACAUUGCAUCGCAACAAGCUCUGUUCCAUGAAAGACGCACGCGACACUUGGCCAAGUACGUAUUUCCGCGUCAGUUCGGUCUGCACAAUGUCUUCACCGGCGUUCGCGACUUUGGCACGACGACGCAGCCCUUUCGAGACUACACGGUGAGAGAGAUCGAGAUCAAGGCGCUCGGGGCCAAGCGCACUCCCAAAGCGCUCCGACCGGUACUUCCUCUAUUGGCGAAGAUACUUGCGAGACACGACAAUCUCAAUUACAGAGCGCUGCUCGAUCGCUGCUGUCCCUCGAGAGUGCCAAAGGGCAGGCUGACGGCACAGGAACGACAGCAGAUCGUAGAGGAUCUGGCCGAAGUGGAGACACUCGAAGCCACCCUCUGCCAGGAUCUACCCGUGAACGGCACGCAGAAAGAGCGCAGCCGCAGUGCGCUCGCAUCGACAACGCAAGCCAACGUCGUCAACUCACAAGCAUCGACGGCGAAAGCCCCGCUAAAGGUUGCUUUCGAGCUUCCGCCGCCAGCGCCUCGCAAACCUCGCUACACAAAUUAUGCCGUCCCGACUACAGGUCAAGUGGUCCACUUCAUCACCCUCGCCAUCAAAGCGCUCCUACCACGCGACCUCUUCGGCUCUUUACGAAACCAGAAUCUCAUCCUCUCCUCCAUCGGCGACUUCGUCCGGCUGCGACGCUAUGAGACGUUCAACCUGCACCACAUUGCGCAGUCUUUCCGCUUCACCGACGUCGAUUGGGCGCUCCCACCCGCCGCCGUCUCUCACAAUCGCCGUCUCUCACGCUCCGAAGCAGAUUCACGCAAGGCGCUCAUCCUCGAGCUUCUCUACUGGCUCUUCGACGGCCUGGUCAUCCCGCUCCUCCGCACGACGUUCUACAUCACGGAGACGGCAGCAUAUCGGAACAAAGUGCUCUACUUUCGCCAGGACGACUGGCACGUUCUCUCGCGUCCCGUGCUGGGUCAGCUGAAAGAGUCGAUCUUCGAACCGCUGACACGAGCAGAAGCGCUGAGCAUGAUGUCAUCGCGCAAGCUCGGAUAUUCGCACGUGCGACUGCUGCCCAAGGAGACAGGCGUGCGGCCGAUUGUGAAUCUCAGGAGGAGGAGCAACAAGCAGGUGCAUAACGAGCAGCAGCAGCGUGGAGAGGGAAAGGGCAAAGGGAAGGUGAGGGGUGGGACGACGAGUGCAAAGCAGAAGAGGGAGUCGCUGAUGCUAGGCCAGUCGAUCAACUAUAUCUUGCAGUCGGUAUUUCAUGUGCUGACGUACGAGAAGAGUCGGUUGCUGACGAGCUUCGGCGGAAACGACAGAGAGAGAUCAACCGGGAUGGGAGGAGGGGAGGAUGUGGGACACGGCAUGCUCUCGAGCUCCGUCUUUGGACCGAACGAAAUCUACACUUCGCUCAGGACGUUCAAGCAGCACCUCGCGCAAGACCACUCACGUACCGGCGCCCCGCCCAAGCUGUACUUUAUCAAAGUCGACGUGCGCUGUGCCUUCGACUCGAUCGACCAAACCAAGCUGCUGUCGAUCAUCGAGUCGAUCCUCCAUCGGGGCGCUACACAGAACGAAGAGGAAGGAUACCGCAUCCAUCGGUUUGCCAAGGUCAUGCCGUCCACGAGCAGCACCAAGCGCGAGUUCGUCCGCCUUGCUCGACCCGAUGCGGAGCACAUUGACUUUUUCUCCCUCGCCUCGUCGCUCGCUGUGGCCCUGCACGACGUCGUGUUCGUCGACAGUGUUGCGUAUCGCUACGAAUCGACGGCGUUGAUUCUCAAACUGCUUCGUCAGCACAUUACGGAGAACCUGAUCAAGAUCGGUAAGGAAUUCUACCGACAACGGGUGGGGAUUCCGCAGGGCUCGAGUCUGUCCACGUUGUUGUGUAGCUUUUUCUACGCGGAUAUGGAAUCUCGCGAUCCGUUCCUUGGCAGUCUCCGAACGGACGGGCGGAGUCUCCUCAUGCGGUACACGGACGAUUUUCUCCUGAUCACCACGUCGCGUCGCACCGCUCGACGCUUCUACACCUCGAUGCGCACCGGUCACCCGGAAUACGGCUGCUUCAUCGCCCCCGACAAGACGCUGUGCAACUUUGACCUUCUCGACCCUACCUCUUCCCUUCCACUUGUCCCUCGCAUCUCGACCGCCUUUCCAUGGUGCGGUCUGACCAUCGAUCCGCGCACCCUGGCCGUCUCGACCGAUCUAGCGCGCUACGCAAACACCGACCUGCGCAACACGCUGACGGUAGAAUACACCCGUCGACCGGGCAGCGCGUUGGUCGAAAAGCUCAUCCAGUCGGUCAAAUCGCGCGCGCACAUCUUGUUCACCGACACGGCGCUCAAUGGGCGCACGGCGUACGCGAACGUGUACGCAACGUUUCUGGUGUCAGCGCUCAAGUUCGCCGCGUAUCUGGGCGAAUUGCGGCGAUUUCGGGUGGUGUUUGAUGCAGAGUUCCUGUGGAAGGCGGUGCAGCGCGUGGUGCGCUUCAUGGGUAGGUAUGUAGGGAGUCGCGCGACGAGUGCGAGGGCCAAGCUCGAGGGUAAAAAGGGAAGGGGAAGAAAGUGGAAGGUGAGCUGCACGUUGCAGGGGCAGUACGUGCACUGGUUGGGAUACGAGGCGUUCAGAACGGUGCUCGAGCGGGAGAAGACAAAGAAGGGGGAGGCAAGGAGCGCGGUUUAUCGCUGCAUGGACAGAGAUACAAGGGUGAGGCUCGUGGGGCUGAUAGGGACCGCUGCCGCGGGAGCGGGGUACAAGGCCGCCAGGAGGAAACUUGGUGGGGUGGUGGCGCGGACGCUGAAGGAGGCGCAAAAGUCGCUACUCAUCUAG